UGUGUGCUAGUGUUUAUUCCAAUGUGGAAAAACGGAUACAUACUUGGAACAAGAUGGGUGAUGUUAAAGAAACAUGUGUCAUCUGUAAAACCAUCUUCAAAGAUGACGAUUUAAAAGCGAAGCUGGGAACGAAGGGCAGUGAUGGCAUUAAUAGGGCCAGUGCAGAUCGUGCGGACAGUUUGAUAACUUAUCCUGGUGAAUCAGUACACAUAGAUUGUCGCAAAAAAUACUGCAACCCCAUAAACAUUAAGUACGACAAAAAAUCAAAAGAUGAGCUUUCUUCACCCCCGAGAGAACUUAGAUCAUGCAAUGAACUAUUCAGUUUCAAAGAGCAUUGCUUAUUCUGUGGUAAAACAGCAAAACUGUGUGGGAGAAAACGUGGACCUGAUGUGUACCCUGUCAGAACUUUAGACUUUCAACUUCAAAUUAACAGUAUAUGCACCAAACGAGCAGAUGAAUGGGCUAACACAAUCAGGAGUCGCCUAAAAACUGUAAACGAUUUGCCUGCAGCAGACGCUCUGUACCACCAAACAUGCAGCGUGAAUUUCAGGACAAUGAAAGCCAUGCCUGCAACAUAUCUUCAAGAUUCGUCUGCAGAAAAACGAUUUAGGGGGCGACCUGUUUCGUUGAAUACACAGAGUGCAUUUCACUCUGUAAUCAAAUAUUUAGAGGACAAUGACAACGAGCAGAUAACAAUGACAGAUCUUGCGGCAAAGAUGAAGGAAACGUGCGGCGAUGAAGCAUUCGGUACUGUCCAUUUGAAGCAGAAACUAAGGGAAUACUUUGGGGAUUCUAUAAUCAUUACUGAUUUGAGUGGGAAAAGAAAUGUGGUGACUCUGAGGCAUACAGCAUCUUCAAUUCUGCAUGACUUUUACAAACAGCAAGAUAACAAUGGCAGUGAGGAAAAGAAAAGGUCUAUAAUAGAAACUGCUGCUAAGUUAAUCAGAAGUGACAUUAAAGCAUUAGACAGCAACAAAUCUGAAUAUCCCUCUCCUACUGACAUAUCUUCUACUGAAAAAAACAUAGAGUAUUUACCAGAAAGCCUUCGAAUAUUGUUACAAGCAAUACUGAGUGAAAAAAAAGCCAACUAAAACUGCAUCAAUAGGACAGGCUAUUAUACAAGCUACACGGCCACGUGUCAUCAUACCACCUCUUCAGCUAGGUUUAGGGAUCCAGUUGCAUCACCAAUUUGGUUCCAAGUUUUUGAUAGACAUAUUGAACAGUUUAGGGUUUUGUGUGUCAUAUACUGAGGCCUAAAAAAAAAAUUGUUUGGUUAGGGUUACAUCCUUAAAAAAAAUAGGUAGGGUAGGUAGGCUUAUUAUUUUUUUUUAUUUUUUUUUUAUUAGGUUUUAUAUAAGAAUAUAAUUUUCAUCAUUGGAGAAUGGUGUUAAAGCUAUCUUCUGUACAAGCAUUUAAGGUUUAAACUUAAUAUUAAAAAGCAAUUAAAAAAAAAACGAAUUUUUUUUUUUUUUUUUAGUUUUUCAUUUUUUUUUCAAACUGACUAUAAAAACGGUAGGGUCGGCGCCUAUUCCGUAGGUAGGGUCGGGUAACCCGAACCAAAUGUAUUUUUUUUUAGGCCUGAGGUCCAGAAGUUUGAAUCAAGUGCAGCUGUAUCUAAAGGGACAGAUAUUCCUGCAUUCGUCCCUGGUAGUUUUGUUCAGUACGUGGCCGACAAUGUUGACCACAACAUUAGAACAAUAGAUGGCCACGGAACCUUUCAUGGGAUGGGCAUCAUAGCAUGUGUGACCCCUGCUACGUCUUCCAUUGUUCCGAUCCAAAGAAGAACAGUUGGGAAGGAGGACAUAUGCAAAGCUGGAGAAAUUAGAAUGUCAUACUACAAGCCAAACGAACAAAUUAAAAAGUCAAUGACAUAUGCAGAAAUACAACAAACAAAGUCCAUAGAUAACAC